AUGCAACUUAUCAAGCCUGCCUGGCUCAGCCACAGCGGCGAACAGAAGGACUUCGAGGUUUACAGCUGCCAUGUCUCCCCAUGCGGCACGAGGCUUGCAACGGCUGGCGGUGAUGGCCAUGUCCGAGUAUGGUCCACCGAGUCGAUAUACCAGUCUGACGAUGCCUCCUACUCGAAACCGCGCCAGCUCUGCCACAUGAGCCACCACCUCGGCACGAUCCACUCCGUCCGCUUCUCUCCCAACGGCCGCUAUCUCGCGUCAGGCGCCGACGAUAAGAUCAUCUGCAUAUAUCACCUCGACGCCAGUCCUCCGUCACACGCGGCUACGUUUGGGACCAAUGAGCCUCCGCCGGUCGAGAACUGGAAGACCUACAAGCGCUUAGUUGGACAUGACAACGACGUCCAGGACCUGGCCUGGUCCCACGACAACUCCCUGCUGGUCUCGGUGGGGUUGGAUUCCAAGGUGGUGAUAUGGUCAGGGCACACGUUCGAGAAAUUAAAGACGCUGGCCGUACACCAAAGCCAUGUCAAGGGCAUAACCUUCGACCCGGCCAACAAGUACUUCGCCACCGCGAGCGAUGAUCGAACCAUCAAGAUCUUCCGAUUUACCUCCCCCGGGCCAAAUGCGACGCAUCACGACAUGAUCAACAACUUUGUCUUGGAGACGACGAUAUCAACGCCCUUCAAGAGUUCCCCUUUGACGACUUACUUCAGGAGAUGUUCUUGGUCCCCGGAUGGUAACCACAUCGCCGCCGCGAAUGCUGUGAACGGACCUGUUAGCUCGGUAGCAAUCAUUGAGCGAACAAGAUGGGACAGUGAAAUCAAUUUGAUCGGUCAUGAGGGCCCCACCGAGGUCUGCAUGUUCUCACCGCGUCUGUUCUACACCCAACCACCGGCAACUGAUGGCUCAACGAACAGCCAAGGAGGCGGCAACUUGGUCACAGUCAUUGCUUCAGCGGGGCAGGACCGAACUCUCAGCAUAUGGAACACAAAUACUUCCAGACCGCUCGUGAUCAUGCAGGACCUCGCUUCAAAAUCGAUAUCAGACCUUUCUUGGUCACCAGAUGGCCAAAGUCUGUUCGCUUGCAGUUUGGAUGGCAGCAUUGUAUCAGUCAAGUUUGAUACAGGCGAACUUGGAUGGGUCGCAACAGCAGAAGAGAAUGACAAGGCUCUUCAAAAGUAUGGCGGUGGCCGAAAGGGCAUGGGCAUUGCCGAAGAUGUUGACGGCCUGGCACUCGAGAAUCACAGCAAAGCUGGUGAGCUGCGAGGGGCCGAGUCGAGGAUGGGCGCCCUGAUGGGUGACUUCCAGCCAGCUAAUAAGGAACCUCCGCCUGCACCCAACGGUGUAUCCACAAAUGGGACUUCUGCGACGGCGGAAGGCUCAAAGGACAAGGAAAAGGAGAAGCCAGCAGAAGAGAAUGCCGAUCAGGCUGCAGAGAGGAUCAAGGAGCUCAAAUCCCGCGUCACUAUAACGAAGGACGGAAAGAAGCGAGUCGCGCCACUAUUGAUAUCAUCUUCGGGCACCGGCACGUCUUCAUUACCACAGACACAGCUUAUCGGGUCGAAGACUGUAGCGGCCCGGGACGACACACCACAGACAAUCAUGGAUCUGUCAAAGCCAUUUGAUGGCUUGCCACCGGGUGGAAUCGCGGCGAUGCUCCUGGGUAACAAGCGCAAAGCCGUCGUAGUUGAAGGGGAGGAGGAUGAAGAACAUGCGCCGAAACGAUUAGCAGGCCCAACGCCAAUCAUGGCCAACGGUAUUGACGGUGUGGAGCCUGCAACGCUGCAACCACCACAGCAUGGUGUCGUGCCGACACCGGAAUUCCUGCGGCCUGCUGUGAUGAGCCCUGCACUCUCUGUCUCCCAGGUGCGACUUGCAGUUCCUAAGGUACGGGCACAUAUCUUGCGACCGCUGGAAAGGGGCGUCCUGCAGGGCGAAACCAGUCUGGAAGAAGCGGCAAAGGUGCCCGAGAACAUAGUCUUCGAGGCUAGGAAUCCAGCCCAAGUACGAGACCCUUCGCAUGUCACUGCCACCAAGCGGGGCACCGUCUUGUGGCAGGACUUUCUGGCCCGAGCAGUCCUACUUGUCACCGGAAAUAAGCACUUCUGGUCGGUAGCCUGCGAAGACGGAAGCGUGUUUGCAUGGACACCGGCCGGACGCCGUCUGAUAAACGCGAUGGUUCUGGAGUCGCAGCCCGUAGUACUCGAGUGUCGCGAUCACUGGCUUCUAUGCAUAACGGCCUGCGGUCUGGCAUAUGUCUGGAACAUCAAGAACAUGAAUUCGCCACACCCGCCCGUGUCGCUGGCCCCGAUUCUCGACGUCGCCAUCCACUCUCUUCACCAACAUGCUGCUACACCAGGACCAGGAAUCACAUCCGCGCACCUCAAUUCAACGGGCCACGUCGUCGUGACCUUGACCAACGGCGACGGCUUCUACUACGCUCGCGAGAUGUACACAUGGCAACGCCUCUCAGAGUCCUGGUUCGCAGUGGGCUCCCAAUAUUGGAACAGCAAUGACAGCUCCGUCAGUGCCCUACAAUCCACGGCUGUCGGGCCCGUGUCCAAGCCAAAAGAAAAGAAGGACGACGGCGUCAACGUCUCGUCGGGAAUCAUACCCUUCUUGGAGCGUCACACGACCACAGAAUUCCUGCUCAAGGGUCGCGCGUACACACUGCAACGACUCAUCAAGACCUUGUUGUCGAAAGAAGGAUUCGAGGGCUUCGAGAGCAGCGUCAGCAUCGCUCAUCUCGAGAACCGCAUUGCGGGUGCCCUGCAACUCGGCGCGAGAGAGGAGUUCAGGCUGUACCUGUUCAUGUACGCGAAGCGGAUUGGCGCCGAGGCGCUCAGGGGCAAGGUAGAGGAGCUCUUGAACGGGCUGAUGGGCGGGAUCCUGAAAGAUAAGGAGGAUGACAAGGAGGAAGGCUUCGGGUGGUUCGCGAAGGGGGAUGAGAUCUGCGGAUGGGACCGCAAGGAGCUUCUGAAGGGCGUUGUCAUGAUCCUGGGCAAAUUUAGGGAGCUACAGCGGCUCACCGUGCAGUACGCGCGUGUUCUCGAGCUCACGGUUGAGCAGGAUGGGGAUGACGAUGCUAUGGCUGUGGAGCCUACGUGA